UGAAACCAGAAACCCUAAUUAAGGUGUUCCAAUAUCUGGCGAUGUUUGUAUUUUUGGUAAGAAAAUUUGGGGGAAAAUAAAAAUUGAAUUGAAUGGUAGGAGGAGAAGCUGAUGAUGAGGGUAUUAUAGGCAUGAGCUGUAGCGAUAUAUUUGCGCACCGUGUUCUCAUAGUACACGGGUUGUUGCAGCUAUGUUGAAUGUGCCAUAAUGCUAAUCUGAGGCUCCUUUCUCUCAUUAAUCCAAACGGGUUUUGAUGUCUAGAACUAAUUCACUAACUAACAGUCAAUUUGCCAACCUUUUUUCUGAAUGAUUGUUGAUGCCACUCAGCAAAUGGAUAUAUAUAUUUAUCAUGGAACCGUUUUGAGUUAUGACAAGCAACUACUACUUUGAGUCGUGGGUUUGAAUGGUAGCUAACCAAUGUUCAUCUGACUAGUAGUUUAAGCAGCUUUGUUACAAUUCGAUGUACCGUGUACGAAGAAGGAUUUUCUGACUUGAAUGUUAAGAGAUUUAUAGCCACUAUAUAAGAUCCACUACAUAAGAAGCUUUGUUAGAACUUCAUAGUUUCACUACACCUCUUCCUUCCCUCUAGCUUUUGUAAAUACAACCUACUUGGGGUGCUCUGUUUUGUGUUCUAGUGUGUGGAGACUAGAGACAUCUAGCCAUGGGACCGGGUGGGCCGGGUGGUCCUGGUGGGCCUGGUUUUGGUGGCCUUGGCGGACCUGGAGGCCCUGGAUGGGGUCCUGGCCCUGGUUGGGCUCCGGGGCCUGGUGGACCAGGCUGGGGUCCUCCUGGGCCUGGUUUCUUUGGACCCGGUGGAUUUUUUGGUGGGUUUGGAGAUGGUAUAUGCAACCUCAUUUCUUCAUGCUUCUAUUGUUUGUGCUGUUGUUGGUUGUUCCAAGGUUGCUUCGGAGGUCCACGUGCAUCAUUUGGCCCACCCGGCCCAGGAGGUCCACCUGGCUUCUGAUGGGCAGGCGUAUUGUCCACACUGCUAUUGUCUAUCCGGAAUGAGGAUUAAUCAAGGCCUGGCUUCACUUUGUUCUCGAGUUGUGAUAAGAAGAACUAGAUGUAAUAAUGCAAGGCUAUUGUUCUUGUAAUAUGUCCUCUAUCUUUUUGUCAUUUUUUUAGCAGAACCAUUCAUACUGUAUUUCUUCUUUUCUGAUCAAAGAUUUUCAAGUCAUGAAUUUGAUACAUCA